AUGUCUUCCAUCAACGAGAUCAGAGCAGUGGGAAUCGUCAACAGCCUCAAAGACUGGCCACAAACUCAGCAGUUCACUUACAAGCCUCAUAAGGCGAGACCUCAGGACGUGGACAUCAAAAUCCUUGCCUGUGGUAUCUGCGGCUCUGAUAUUCACGCCAGUAAGGGUGAAUGGGGCGAUCUUCCACUUCCAAGAGCCUUUGGCCAUGAAAUCAUCGGUGAGAUUGUUGCUAUUGGUGAGGGAGUUGAUAGUUCCAAGUACAAAAUUGGUGACAGAGUCGGCGUGGGCGCACAGUGCGACAGCUGCGGAAAAUGCUGGAGAUGUGACCACGACCAUGAGAACACUUGCAGAGACUCGAAGAGCUUGUACUUGGGCACCUACGAAGAUGGAACCCUUAUCCAAGGUGGAUAUGCUUCCCAUAUCAGGGUGAACAGCAAGUUUGCAAUCCACAUUCCAGACAAGCUGGAGACUAAGUACGUGGCUCCUUUGAUGUGUGGAGGCGUCACUGGUUUCCGUCCACUUCUUUCCUACGGGGUUACAAAAGGCACAAAGGUUGGUGUUUACGGAUUUGGAGGCAUUGGUCACAUGAGCGUUAUGUUUGCUAAAGCUAUGGGAGCAGAGGUGACUGUGAUCUCGAGAGGAACCAGCAAGAAGGAGCUGGCUAAGAAACUUGGCGCCGACCACUACAUCGCCACUAGUGAAGAAGGAUUUGAGGCUAAGAACUACGACACUCUGGACCUGAUUGUCAACACUGGUUCCGACUUCGAACCUGAGUCUCUCACCAAAGUGAUCUCCAUGCUCAAGCCAGACGGCCGCUUCACGUUCAUUACGGCGCCUCCUGCUGGUGUCAAACUGGAGCUGGUUCCAAUGUUCUACCUCAUGAACUGUAUUCACAUCGGUGGUUCUGGCAUUGGCUCGCCUAAGGAGAUUGAGUACAUGCUCCAGGUUGCUGCUGAACACGAUAUCAAGCCUAUGAUUGAGACCUUCGACAUCUCUGAGGAGAAUGUGAGGAAGGCAUGGGAGAAGGUGGACAGCGGUGACAUUAGGUUCAGAGCUGUUCUGACUGGCUACGACAAGUUUUUUAAAUAG